AUGAGUAGAACAAACCGUUAUGUUCAAUAUUAUCUCAAUCAGCAAAAAGGAUACGGAUCACAACCUGUCUUUAGAGGAGCAUCCUGGCAAAAAGGUUAUGGGCAGAUGGGUUAUGGUCUUGGUGGUUUAUUUCGUAGAUUGGCUAGAGCUGCAAUACCUUUGGCAAAAACCGGCGCAAAAGCUCUAGGUAAAAUUGCCCUCGAUACAGGUGCAAACGUUUUGGGUGAUGUUAUCUCAGGGAAAAGUUUUAAAAAGUCUGCAAAAUCUCGUGUUAAUCAAGCAGCAAAAGAAACAGGGAAAAAAGCUGUAAACCGGAAGCUAGUAACCCAAGCGACAGGAACUUAUCCUUAUCGUGCAUAUAUCGAUACACUUUUGAAUUAUGGUCCAUCAGCUAAACAAUCCCAGCUGACAGCUGCGUUGUUUUACAAGGACGAAGCUUCAAAAAUGGAGGUUGCCGACCCAGCAAACGCCAGUCCAAACAAUGGCUUGAAAACACGAAGUAAGUUUAGUGCGAGAAGUGCAAUUGUCGAAAUGGGAGGCCCUAUAUUUUGUGAUGUUUUCUUCGGUGAACGCCUCCUGCUUAGCUAUGUUGAUUUGAAAGUGGUAUUGAACCGUACCAGUGACGAGUUUGCCCUAAUGGCAUCCGAGGACGAUGCAGCAUUUAAAGUGAAACUGGUGGAUGUUUAUCUAAAAGUUCGCAAAGUUAAAGUGAAUCCUAGUAGAGCUAUGUCUCACGAAGUUGCACUGAAAAAAAGCCCAGCCGUUUACCCUGUAAGGCGUGUGGACUGCAAAAGUUUCAUCAUUCCAUCAGGAAACCCAUCGUUGCAAAAAGAUAAUCUUUUCAACGGUUUGGUACCGAAAUCACUUGUCGUCGGGCUUGUUGCAAGUGCUGCAUUCAAUGGUGCUUAUAAAUUAAACCCAUUCAAUUUCCAGCAUUUCAACGUUUCAUCCUUAGGCAUUUCUGUAAACGGCGAAUCUCUACCAUCUAAACCUUUCAAGCUGUCGUUUGGUAACAAUCCUAGAUACAUAGAAGCAUUUCUAUCACAAUUUGCUGGCACUGGAAAAAUGUUUUUGAACGCCGGAAAUGGAAUUGAUCGUGACGAGUUUCUAAAGGGUUUUGCUUUGUACUGUUUUGAUUUGACGCCUGAUAUGUGUGGUACGGGAGAACAUUUUAAUACAGUGCAAAAAGGAAAUCUUGCCAUUGACAUACAAUUCUCAACAGCACCAACUAAUGCUGUUAGUCUUGUGUGCUAUGGAGAGUUUGAAAACGUGAUCUUUAUCGAUUCUGAGAGGAAUGUUGUCUAUGACUACAUUGGUUAA